AUGCUACGAAACGAGUUUGGCGAUGACUGGGAGCAGCUGUUCGAAAAGUAUGAAGAGAAACCGUUCGCCGCGGCGUCUAUUGGAGAGGUUCACCGAGUAGUGCUGAAAUCCGGUGAGGAAGCGGCUUUAAAAAUUCAAUACCCCGGUGUCGCGCAAAGUAUUGACUCGGAUAUCAAUAACCUCUUGAGCCUCCUUUCGCUGAGCACCGUUUUGCCUCGCGGACUUUUUCUCGACAAUUUUGCGAAGGUGAUGCACCAAGAGCUGGCCUUGGAGUGCGACUACUUGCUGGAAGCCCAAGCUGCGAAGCGUUUCAAGUAA